UUUACAAAGAUGCUUAAGUGAUUUCAGCUGCCUCGUUUGGUCAAGAUAGUGUGGGUAAUUUCUCUAGCUAGCUACAUUUAAUUUAUAAAAAGCACUGCCGAUUCCUUCCUUCGGAAACCUGUGACCUACAAUCUCUCCGCCCUCCAUCCACGGAGGGGAGGCUUAGUCACCACUUGGUGUUGCAAUGGGUGUGACUCACAGAGGCAAGAGAGAAGUAGAGAAGUCUUCACACAUGCAGGUCUCCGAGCUCCGCAGAAGCCCUGGCACCUUGAGAGGAGCAGUUUGAUCGAGCUGCACUUCCUUCCCCUGGCCACUACAGGAAGGUGACAAUCAGCAGCCAGCAGAGCAAGUCACCCUCAGCUUCUGCACUCCAAGCCGUCUUCAGCGAGGACAUACAGGAAAAAGAAAAUGCUGCUUUGGGUGUUGGCCCUCCUGUUCCUCUGCGCUUUUCUGUGGAAUUAUAAAGGGCAGCUGAAGAUAGCAGACGUCGCUGACAAGUACGUUUUCAUCACUGGAUGUGACUCAGGCUUCGGAAACUUAGCAGCCAGAACUUUUGAUAGAAAAGGUUUCCGUGUCAUUGCUGCCUGCCUGACUGAGUCAGGAUCAGCGGCUUUGAAGGCCAAAACCUCAGAGAGACUUCACACAGUGCUUCUGGAUGUCACCAACCCAGAGAAUGUCAAGGAGACUGCCCAGUGGGUGAAGAGCCAUGUAGGAGAAAAAGGUCUCUGGGGUCUGAUCAAUAAUGCUGGUGUUCUUGGCGUGCUGGCCCCCACUGACUGGCUGACAGUGGACGACUACAGAGAACCCAUUGAAGUUAACCUGUUUGGACUCAUCAACGUGACGCUGAAUAUGCUUCCACUGGUCAAAAAAGCUCGAGGGCGUGUUAUUAAUGUCUCCAGCAUUGGAGGCCGGCUUGCAUUUGGUGGCGGGGGCUAUGCUCCAUCCAAGUAUGCAGUGGAAGGUUUCAAUGACAGCUUAAGGCGGGACAUGAAAGCUUUUGGAGUGCACGUCUCAUGCAUUGAACCGGGGCUGUUCAAAACAGAACUGGCAGAUCCAAUAAAGACAACGGAAAAGAAGCUCGCCAUCUGGAAUCAUCUGUCUCCAGACAUCAAACAACAAUAUGGAGAGGGCUACAUUGAAAAAAGUCUACACAGACUGAAAAGCAGUACCUCCUCUGUGAACCUGGACCUCUCUCUAGUGGUAGAGUGCAUGGAUCACGCUCUAACAAGUCUCUUCCCCAAGACUCGAUACACUGCUGGAAAGGAUGCCAAGACAUUUUGGAUACCUCUGUCUCACAUGCCAGCAGCUUUACAAGACUUUUUACUGUUGAAAGAGAAAGUAGAGCUGGCCAAUCCCCAAGCUGUGUGACUCAACUGUCCACAAAUGCCUACCCCCAGCUUCGAGACUGGCUGACUUCAGAGACGUAUUACUUGGAUCUCAUUCUUUACCAGAGCCAACUGAGACUCAAAUAGACCAGGUUUCUGUUUUUAAAUGAAGAUAUUCCAUGGUCCCUUCUCAAGUCUUCUUUGGAAAGAAGGACAGGGAGGGCUUAUCACAAAAGCCAGUCUCGCCGGAUACUG